AUGUCGCAACUGUCAUUUGAUGAUAAUAACGAGUCUCAUUUUAGAAUUCUCUAUACAAUCUAUUGCCAACUCAUGACUACUGACUAUUGUCUAAGAUAUGGUUCUCAUUGGGAAAUGAUUGGAUUUUAAGGCACUGAUCCAGCUACUGAUCUUAGAGGUGCUGGUAUACUUGGAUUAUUGUAAAUGCUUGCUUUCAUAACAGAAUAUAAAAUAUAUAUCAAGUAAACACUCAAGAUCUUUCAAGAUAUCAAAAUCCCAUUCAGUAUCACUCUUAUCAAUAUUACAACCUUUGUUUUAGUUAGUCUCAAAGACAAUAAAUUAAAUUAACUAAUAAAUUAAGAAGAUUCUGUUAUCAGUGUUAUCAAUAAAUUAUACUUUGCAGGCUUCCAUUUAUUGACCAAAAUUCUUAAAAAAGAACAAAUUACUUUCCACACUAUAGGAAAUCAUUUGACUCAUAUAAGGAAGUUAAUACAUGAAUAACCUCAGAAACUAAUCAGAGAGUUUCAUUCAGAUAUUCAAAGAUUUUAUAAAAUUAAUAACAUCUGA